CCCUGCUUUCCCCGCACUUCAGACAAGCUUGCCGGGCUCCAGCCAAUAGCCUGGGGAUGUCAAUUUCACGCCCGCUUAGCGUCACUGAGCGUCACUGCUAAGUGGCAGGCUAGCUGAGGCCCCGCCUCGGAGAGCGAAGCGCUGCACCAGCCAGCGGGGAAGAGCCCAGCUGGGAGAGAAAUCAGCCCGGGGUCCUCUCCCACUGGAAGGGGGCACAGCCGGCGGCCUCCCUCCGAAGCCUCCGCGGAUGGAGGGUUUGUAGAGGAAGCGCAGCAAUGAGAAGAUGGAGGCCGGGAAGCGGUAAAGACUCAGAAGGAAGGAUGGGCUCCAGGGUCCGCCUGACCUAAAGUUGUCCACCUGAAAGCUUUUUCAGUGACAAGGGGAGAGCCAAGACGUGAUGUACUCGUAGAGACCACCAUGGAGGGAGACAACAGCCCCGACCUCCAGCUCCAGCAGCUGCCGCCCACAAGCGUGGCUGUCUCCGUGAAUGAAGUGUCUUUCUCUUACAAGGAAAAUUUGAUUGGCGCACUGCUGGCUAUUUUUGGACAUCUCGUCGUCAGCAUAGCCCUCAAUCUCCAGAAAUAUAGCCACAUCCGACUCGCAGGCUCUAAGGACCCCCGUGCCUACUUCAAGACCAAAACAUGGUGGCUUGGCCUGUUCCUGAUGCUUCUGGGAGAACUGGGAGUGUUCUCAUCCUACGCUUUUGCACCUCUCUCUCUGAUCGUACCCCUCAGUGCUGUCUCUGUCAUUGCCAGUGCCAUAAUAGGAAUCAUAUUCAUCAAGGAAAAAUGGAAACCCAAAGAUUUUCUGAGCUGUGGCCUGGCCGUCGUAGGCACGUACUUGCUCGUCACCUUCGGGCCCAACAGUCAUGAAAAGAUGACAGGAGAAAACAUCACCAAGCACUUAGUGAGCUGGCCGUUUCUCUUGUAUAUGCUUGUGGAGAUCAUUGUAUUCUGCUUACUGCUGUAUUUCUACAAGGAGAAAAAUGUCAACUACAUCGUUGUCAUCCUCCUCCUCGUUGCUUUGCUUGGUUCCAUGACGGUGGUGACGGUCAAGGCUGUCGCAGGAAUGCUUGUGUUAUCAAUCCAAGGGAACCUCCAGCUGGAUUACCCCAUCUUCUAUGUGAUGUUGGUGUGCAUGGUUGCCACCACUGUCUACCAAGCUGCCUUCUUAAGCCAGGCCACCCAGCUCUACGACUCUUCGCUCAUCGCCAGUGUAGGCUACAUUCUGUCUACGACCAUCGCAAUCACAGCAGGAGCAACAUUUUACUUGGAUUUCACUGGUGAGGACGCCCUCCACAUAUGUAUGUUUGCACUCGGCUGCCUCAUUGCCUUCUUGGGAGUGUUCUUAAUCACAAGGAACAGAAAGAAGGCCAUUCCAUUUGAACCCUACAUUUCCAUGGAUGCCAUGCCAGCUAAGAUCCAGAUAGGUGAGGAGGUAUGCAGAAUAUACACGACAAAGGAAUGACGGUCCAGCCCGAACUCAAAGCUUCCUUUUCCUAUGGCGCCCUGGAGAACAACGACAAUGUUUCUGAAAUCUACACGCCCGCCACACUGCCCGUCAUGCAAGAGGAACACGGCUCCAGAGCCAUCUCUGCGGCUCCCUACCGAGUCCUGGAACAUACAAAGAGAGAAUGAGUAAGGCCUUGAAAAAAACUGAUCAUCCAGCCCCGAACUCUGGAGGGGUUUGUUUAUUUAUUGCCCGGGCUGAGUGGGUCAUGACUUCAAACUCUGGGCUUAAAUUUGCUUUCCUAAGUGGUUUUUUCUGUUUGUUUCUUUUUAUAAAGAAUUCAGCAGAGCCGGGAACUCAGACGUCAUUUGUCUUAAACCAACAGCAGAUUGUAUUGGUCUUCUGAGUUUGAACUGUUGCAUAGAAAAAUAGCAAAAAAAGCAAAAACAAAACAAAACACAGUAUUUGGGGUAUGCAAUAAGGAACACAUCAGCUGUGUGUACGGGUUUGUUUUUUUUCUUCUGGGAUCUCGCAUCUCACACGAUGGUUAUGUACCUGUCUAAAUAAAUAGUGAAAGGUAACUGCGUUCUACUUACUUCCAGUGCUUAUUACAAUGCCUGGCACAUAGUAGGUGCUUAAUAAAUGUGCAUUGAUUGAUUGAAAGUAAACAGAACCCUCCUGGUUGAGGGUGAGACAGGCAAUGAAGUGUUAGACCUUUGGGGCUGAGAUCCUUAUUUCUAAUCUUGUCCUACCUGGAGUGCAUGACUGAUCUCCAAAUAUCGCUCUCAAUUAUAUGUUUGCAAUCAUCUCUGUAUAACAAUGUUACCAUGGACUGGCACAUUGGGUAAAACCUUAGAUUGGGCCAUUUGUAAUUUAUACAGAUCCAAUGCCAAACACAAGGUGGGUGACAGGCUAGUGGACCCAACUGUGUGCUCCUAGGGUCAUGGUACUCUGAUGGAACGCAAGAAUGGUGUCUCUAAAUUUUGAUCUAGAAUCAAUUUAGAUCUGAAACUAAUUUUGUGCCACAAUGAGCUUUACAACUCCCCCUUCCCCCAGUUUAGGAGCUGGGAAGUCAACAGGUAAACUGUAGUUUGCCAUAGUUAGAUGUUAGGGAGAAAGUCAAUUGAUGAGAUGAAUCCAAGACUAUCUUUGAAAUUCUGGAUCUCUGAAUUCAUCCGGGCAGGUAUUCCCUGCUCCCAAAUGCAGACUGGAAAAGGCCCCACAGUUCUCAUUUGGCCAGAUUCUUGCUUGUAUCAUUCUGUAAAUACAGAGGGUCUACCAGCACUGGAUCCUCCUUCAAAUUCUUUUGCUAUUUGAUGUAUCCUAAGACCCAUGCCAUCUUCACAUCUUGCCCCUUGGCCCAAAUCACCUCCCUUUCCAUUCACCUAAGACCUUGAAGAGGUCUUCUAUGUUCAUGACAAUCUGUGAAAUAUGUACUCACCAUCCUUUAGAUCAGGAACCCUGAUCUGGUGUUUUUUUUUUGUUGCAGGAGCCAGCAUUCCCAUAUAUUCAGAAUAGUGAUGAAAGUCUGUAUUAAUUAACAUUUGAAGUGAAUGAUGCCUUUGAAAAAGAUUCACCUUACUCCACCUUGUUGAGGGUAAAGGAUGAUUAACAUCCAGGAAUCCCCAAUAAAUAUGGUGGCAAAAUGGAGAACCUCAAGGAAAUAGGGACCAUACAAAAGCAUUUUAAAAUUAGAACUUCUUUAGCCUAAAAAGAAGGCUGUAACUAAGAUUUGAUCUGGGCAUUCCUCUUACAUCCAAAAUCUCACACAAAAGUGGUUAGGGAACUCCCUUCACUACCUGACGAUAGUCAAAACUGGUUUAACCAUUAGAAACAAGGAUAGCAGUAAUAUUACUUAUAGAACACCAGAUCUUCCCUAUAAGCUUCAGAAGACAGGGAUUUAUUUAUGCAUUCCUGGGAUUUUAUCUUUUCCAAGCAAAGGCCAUCUGAGAAGGCUUGGUGUUCAUUUGGAAGGCAGAAUUGUUCAUUACUUCCUUCUAAACUGAGAUUUUGAAAAUCACAAGCUAAACUUGUGUGUUGGCAUUUUUCCUUGAACUUAACAGGGAUCAGUUGAGUAGGGUGUUUCACACCCUGCCCACACAGACCAAGUUCAGAAAUGGAAACACUUUCUGGAGGAGGUCAGUCAAUAUUUUCUCACUGUAUGCAUGCAUGUGUGAAGUGACUUCCCCUUAAUCCAGUCUAGAUAUCUUUUUUAAAAUUUAGAGAAAAGACAUAUUUAUAUAAACCAAUGGGGCCCUGAACACUGACUAUAAUAAAAUCCUCAAAUGUCAGAGCUGGGGGAAGAACCUAGGAUUUGGGACUGAAGGGGGAACAAAGAGGACCUGAAUUUGAAUUCCAUGAUUGAUUCUUAUUGCUUGUAUGACCUGAGGCAAGUCACUUCCUCUCCAUCGGCCUCAGUUUUCUCCUCUGUAAAAUGAGAUGGUUGGACUAGAUGGCCUGAGGUCUCUUUUAGCUAAAGAGCUAAGAUAUCAGGAAUGUUAGAGUUAGAAGGGGCCUUAGAAGACAGAAGACCCCAGCUAGAAAGGACCUGAGAGAGUAGAGAUUCCAAUACCCUCAUUUUACAAAAAAGGAAACCAAAAAAUUUUCCCAGGAUCAUACAGCAAAUUCUAGGCAAAACCAAGGCUAGAAGUCUUUCCUCAUGAGUUUCAAACUAAUGUUCUCCUUCCCCACUCCCCACCACAGUUGGUUCAGCAAGGUAAAACGAAGAGAUCUUGCUUCUUCCUCAGAAUUUCUUAAAUAAGGCCAACAGUCAUCAGGAUCUAUAGCAUUCUUUCCAUCCAAGCUUCGAAACACUCUUGCUUCUCCUUGUGGCCUACCAUUGCAAGGCCAGGUAACAGUGUUAAGAGACCCAUGUCAUUAGACCCAUUCAUUUUAAUGGAUUGUGCUUGGCACUAGUUCAGGCCCAUAGACCCAGUAUCUUCCCUGUGAAUAAGGUGAAGUAUUUAUUUUUAAGAUACAAAAGAGAAUAUUACAAAAUGUUUUUCCUUGGGAUACAUUUCUAUAAGAACCAAAUUUGAUAAUGAAUUAAAAGUAACCCUAGCAUAAAGCAAAGCAAGCUUUGAGUCUACAGGAUGAGACACAGUGGAUUAGUUAACAGUAGAGGGUCAGAGCUGGAAGGCCCCUGAGAACCCUGAGGAUCAGAGCUGGCAAGAGCCGUAGAACACAAGAUAGCAAAGGUGGGAGGAGCCUUAGAACUGUAAAGAUUAAAAUUAAUGUACAAUAACAAAAUAUAUUUUAUAAAGUUUUAUUAAUAACUAAAGCAAAAGAACUGCCUGAAUUCAGCCCAGUCGCAGGUCAAAGAGAGAGCAUGAGAGGAGUAUGCAUCCACUUAAAUACCAAUAACGUGAUCUUGUCAACAUGGAGAUUCAGGAGAGAUUAUAGGGAAUUUUGGGAAAUACUAAGGACUGCUGGGGAAUGAAGUCAAAGGUUCAAAAUCUCCAUUUAUACAGAACACGAUGUCAGAGUUAGGAGGGCUCUUAAAACAUGGAAAUCUAGAGCAAGAAGAAAUCUAAGAAAUUAUGUAGUUCACAGGGCAGCUAGGUGGUUCAGUGGAUGGAGCACCAGGCCUAAAAAUGAGAGGUCCUGGGUUCAAAUCUUGCCUCAAACAAUACCUAGCUAUGUGAUCCUGGGCAAGUCACUUAACCCCCAUAGCCUAGCCCUUGCUGCUCUUCUGUCUUGGAACCAAUGCACAGUAUUGAUUCUAGGAUUGAAGGUGAGGGAAAGAAGGGAGGAAAGAGAGAGUGAGAGUGAGAAUGUCCACCUCCUUCCAAAGCUGAGGUUAGAACCCUGACUCUUGAAUCCCAGUCUUUGCUAUUCCUACUAUUGCAUUCUGCCUCUCUCAUGCAGAAACUGAAUUUGGGCACACAAUCAGCCCAAUUCUAGCCAAAGGAGAGACCCAACUUGAGGGGAAGCCCUUUGGUACCCAAAGAUGUGUUCUGUGAAGUUGGGAGAAUAUUAGGCUGAUCAUCUGAUUAGGAUAAUCAACUGAUCAUGGCACAUUUAUACAUAGCACCUAUCCCCUUCCUUUGUCUCUUAACAACAGUAAUUCAAGUGUACCUUCAGGCUUCCAACACUUUAAUCCCACACACCCUGUGAAGUGAGUAUUGAGUAAACAGCCUGCUUGUUGCUAGCAAACAAGAAACACCUGCUUGUGAGGGGGUGGCCACUCUCAACAGUCUGGUGGCCAACCCAGCAAACUCAUCUCACUUUCCUUCCAUGGCUUCCCCAACCUUCCUCUUUGUGUCUUAUUUUAAUUUUUACUUUUUUUGUUCUUGCAUCACCUUCCUUUCCAUAUGUGUCUCUCUGCCUUCCCCUACCCAGAGAGCCAUUCUCUAUAAUGAAGAAAAAAGGGGCAAAAAGUUCAGCAAACUUAACUGUCCCCACUCCUGGGUCUGACAGUAUAGGCAGUGUUUUCACACCUACAGACCCCGACCUCUGCAAAGAGAAGAAAGGGCCACCUUCUUUCUAGCUGAUUUUCCUUCCCAACUUGCCAAGUCCUAACACAUUGGCAAACCAAACCUCCUUGUCAGCAAUUCAGCACACAGAAUAAAGCCAUGGAACAUGGCUUAAUACAGUGGCUGGCACAUAGUAGGCACUUAAUAAAUGUUGGUUGGGACAUGCUUUUGAACAUUUCUUUACUGCUAUUCUCAUUCCCACUAACUUACCACCAUAUACCCUCCCUAGUGGUGGUGGAAAUAGGAGAAUAAUGGAUAAUGAGGCUGAGACGCUGAAGGUUUUGUACUCAAAAAUUAGCAUGAGAUCUUUCUGUGAUAGGUUAUUACUGUGCUAUAAUAAAUGACAAAUAUGAUGAAUACAGAAACAUAUGGGAAGACUGACAUGAACUGAUGCAGAGUGGAGUAAGCAGAACCAAGGAAAUACUGUAUGCAAUAUCAACAGUGAUUGAAAUAGAAAGGAUAACCAUAAAACAAUAAAAAAUGACAAAUGAGAAACAAUUUUAAAAAUUAAAAAAUGAAAUUAUAAAGAACAAAUGUGCAGGGCAGCAAGGGAGUACAGUAGAUUGAGAGCCAGGCCUUGGGUUCAAAUCUUGUCUCAGAUGUUGCCUUCCUGCGUGACCCCAUUACCUAGCCCUUACCACUCUUCUGCCUUAGAAUCUAUACUCAUCACUUCUAAGCUAGAAGAUAGGGGAUAAAACAAAAACAACAACAAAUGUGGCCCAAAAGAAAAGAUAUCUAAUUUUGCAGGUGGAAAGGGUUAGGGUCUUUCUAUAUAUACUGACUUUUUUUUUAAUGUAAUGAUUGAUUUUGCUGUUUUUUUUUCUAAAGAAAUAUUGUUAUAGCAGAUGGCUUUCUGGGAAGGAAAGGGAUACAGAAGAAAAUCUAGGUGGUGUAAAAAGACAAUAUAUCAAUAAAAUGUAUUACUUUUUAAAAAACUGAUGAGCUCUUCCAAGCUUUAAGCUAUCACAGGCUUUAAUGAAGAGAUGAAGGACCGAUGUACCUAUAAGACAGUGCCAGCAGCACUCUCCUAGAAGCAGCCAUCCAUCCAUCACAUUGGGUUAUACAUUAGGUUGGCUUUUCCCCAGCCCUGGAGCCAAAAGCUGUUAGGAGAAAGGAGUUGGACAUGUCCGUGAGUUUCUCUAAUGGAAGCCAAGUGACUUUGUUGUACUCUGUGGGGAUACACCAGCAUGUGCUUGUACAAUAUGCUCUGUUUUAAGUUUCUGAACAAAUCUGGUUCGACACUGGCUGAGGUCCAGAAUGAAGUUGCCUCAAGACUCCCCAGCAAUCAUGGAUCUCAUUGCCUUCCAGUAUGUACUAUAUACACCCUCUUAUAUUUUGUUCAUUUCACACCUGAUGAUGCAUGUUGUAUUUCUUUUAAAACGUAUCUGUCCACUAGUUGAGAGUAACUUUACAAAGUGAUAUUUAAGAAAAAUAAUAAAAAUUUAAAUGAAUAAAAAUAAAUAAUGAAAAUAUUGAA